AUGCCUGAAUGUAGUUAUACAAUGACAUCACGUGGAAAGUGUGAAUUAUGUCGAACACCAAUUGAUAUUAAAUAUCGUAAACAAGCAUCAGUACUAUUUAAUCAUUAUGUAAAAUAUCGCUUUAUUCAUGGUUAUGAAUCUAUAUUAAAUUGUCCAGUAACGAUUAGUACAAAAAAUUUAUUUAUGUUGCAACAUGUUUAUGCGGUCAAUUCAAUUAUUUUAGUAGAACUAUAUAAACAUUGA